AUGUCAACUGCAACGAAUCAAGAUACGGACUUGAACUUAGAUGAGGAUGAAGUGAUUCAAGAUUGGUCUGAUAUUUCAAAGAUUCAAAAUGAUAACCCGAUAUUAUCGAUACCGAAGAGGGGUGAAAAGGAUUAUGAACCAGAUGGUACUGAUAUCCAAGAAUUAUUAUUAUAUAGGGCCAAGAAGGCAAUGUUUGACACUUUAGAAAACUCCGUACGUGGUUCUACUUCAAAAUCGCAAGUUAAAGGCUAUUAUAUCCCUGAUAAACACAUAGCUAUGGUACCAUAUGCAAAAGGUAAUUUUGUUCAAUCAAUGGGUGAAACUGAUAAAGAUGGUACUUUAUGGUUACAUUUUUUUGAAUUUUUAUACCUAGCUGAAAGAGGUACAAUAACACCAUUUUGGAAAGCUUAUGGUAAUAAUGUCGAAUUACCAUUAAGUAUUGAAGAUUUAUAUUCUUAUUUUAAGACCCAAAAAGAAAUGGAUAAUUUUUCCAUAUAUGCUCAUUUAAAAAGAUUAGGCUUCAUUGUAAGAAGUUCUGAUCAAUAUAUUAUUACCAAAAAUAAUACUUCAUUUUAUCCACCGAUGAAUUUUAAAUCAUAUACAAUAGGUUCUAUGAGAAAUAUAAUAAAUAGGAUCUCAUCUACUUUCACAUAUACAGGGAUUUCAUUAUUUAAUGGAAUUAUAUUUAGUCAAUGGCAUUUCUACUUAAGGAGGUAUAGAUCAUCACCAGAUAUCUACGAGUCCCUAAAUAAACUGAUCUCAUAUCAUAAGAUUCCUCAUUCAAUCACAGAUUUACGUCACGAGUAUAGUUCUUUAAAAAGAUCGACAAGCAAUUCAACACCAACAAGUUUGCAUAUUACAUUUAAUAUCUGGAAGCCUAACCCUACUUUUAAGAAAAAAUACCCAGAAUUACCAGAUUAUCAAGUAGUAACAUACAAUAAAAAUAUGACAAACCAAUCGUUUCCAACAUUUAACGAGUUAGAAGCGUUGUUUAGAUCUUUAGAUUAUAAAUUUAAUUUUAUUGAACAUAGUUCCAAUACAGAUUUUUGGAAUAAAAAUACUUACAACAACGGAGUAUUACGAGAAGAUAUAUUAAAUGAUUUGACAAAUAAUGCUAGAAACAAGAACAAACAACCAAAAAUAGUUACGAAGAAACCAACUGAAAACAAAAAUAAAAAACCUGGUAAAGAACUACCUCCACAUAUUCAACAACUAAAAAGAUUAAAAAAUGGUUAUCGGAGUUUCCUAUUAGCAAUAAUGGAUAACGGUAUAGUAAGUUUUGCAAAAAUUUCAGAAGCUGAUUUUGGUUCUGAAAAUGUUUGGUAUGUACCACCUCCGAAAGGUACAAUAGGAAGACCUAACAAGAAUUGGAGAAAAACAAACAAAUCCAAGGAUAAUCAUAGGAAAGAAAAGGAACAGUCAGAGAUAAAAUAA